AAUAUUGUUUUCCCAUCCUAAACAUCAGCAAACGUUACUAUGUACAUUUGAAAACAUUUGCGUAACGAUAACAAAAUACUAUGUGAUACGCGUAGACAUUUACGAAAGAUUCAUUUACUAUACCGACUAUUUAUUACUUACCGAGUAUAUAUUAAGUUUUAUAAAAUAAAAGUAUUACAAUGUUAAACCAACAAUGUGCGAUUUUGACUGUCAUUGACUCAUAUAUAGAGCCACUUUUAAUUCAUGUUUUAUCGACUGAUAAACUUGGAGUUUGCUGCAAAACAAUUGAGAUAGAUUCUAUGUCAUCCAGUUGUGGAAAAGUACAAGGAGAUCGUUUUAAAUUAUCUAUACCUUAUGCUAAACAAAAUUUAACUUGGAAUGUACUGUUUGAUUCGCAAUGUCCUGAAAUGGGACCUGAUUUCAUAUUUAAUGACAAUACAUUCCUAGCAGAUAUGGAUGUGGAUGCAUUAUCUGCCAAAGUACCUAGUCUUGCUAAAUGGAAUCCUAAUGAUGAAAACGCAUUAUUGAAUGUUCUUAGAGAACUUUUAUCAUGCUACAAACAACAUCAGAUACAAUUACUUCAGAAGCAAGCUAGAUUACAAUUAGAAUAUAAUAUGCUAAUGAAUUCAGAAGAAAUCAAAACAGAAGAUGUUGAAGUAAUAUUGUUGCCAUUCGGUUCUAAACCAACAGAAGCUAGAUUUUUAAUAAGUUUAUCAGUGGAUGUUUCACAGUUAGAAAUUCGUACUUGUAAAUCAGAAAGUGACAUUGCAAUGCUUCUUGUAACAUUUUCUGGAACAGAUUGGAGUCGUAUUACUCCACAACUUUAUUUUUCAAAAUCUUUAGAAGAGUCUCUUAGUGGAACAGGUGAAUUACAUUUACCACAUUUUCCAUUUGACACAUACCUACUACGAUAUAUACCAAAAGUAAAAAAAUAUAUUGCAGGAAAGGUAAACUCAGUUGUCCAAAGCUUAAAGAGAAGAAGAGAUUAUAUAGCAGCAUGUUCAUUUAUCCACCAUAAAUGUCUUUUAGAAUAUGAUACUAUAAACUGUAAAUAUGUGACAUUUUUAGUAUGUGUAGAUGACUUUUAUGCAUGUGUGCACAUUCAAUUUCCAUUUGGAUUUCCUCAAGAACCACCUCUAGUUGAAUUACGUUCAAUAUAUCAUUUGAUUCAACGUACUACCUACAGUGAAAGAAUAAAAUAUCCUUAUGAUGUUUCGUGGCCGCCACAGCUUAUGGUACAACAGUUGUGUCAAACCAUUUACUUAUAUUUAAAAACAUUUAAAUUCAAUUCUAUCAAAAAUUGUUCAGGAAAUCAAAGUUAGUUUAUUGCAUAAUUUAAAUUAUUUUAGUUACCUGUAACAUUAACAUAAAUCCCUCUUUGUACAUACUGGUAAUUAUUCUUUCUAAAUAAAUCCAUAUAAAAAUAAAAAUAAAUAUAACACUACCUACUACAAGAAUAACCCAAAAAUUACUUUAUUAUUAUUUAAUGUUAAUAUUUAUUUUCUAUAUAAUCGAUAGUAAUAAAGUAUUUUAUACUUAUAAGUAUGUAAUUUUAUAUGUAAAAUUAAAAACUUUUGCCAUAUACAUGUGUAUAUAAGACAAUGUCAAAAUGUAAACUACUAGAAUCUGCGAUAAAUUUCAGUUUCGCUGUUCAAUCAACUCAUUGUCGUAUGAAGUACAUGUAAAUUUCGAAACGAUUUCGAAGAAUACAAUAAAAUUAAUUCCAUACAUACAGUUUUAAAUGCAAGUACUGAAAGAUAUUACUAAAUAAAAAUAAUCAAUAUUUUCUGCUGAGAUUAACGUUUCUUCGCAUUAAUAAAAAGAAUAAUCACAGUUUA